CCUGCUGCAGGGAGGCUGGCGCGAGUGGGAGUGAGGAGAGACAAGUCACUUUUUCCCCUCUGCUCAUGAAGGGGUCUCCUUCUCUAUAUAAGGCUCUGGGAGCUGCACAGGAGCCACACAGCUCCGAUGUGCCCCAGGAACACCGCCAACGAGCUGCAGCCCGAGUUCUCUCACUAGGGAAUAAGCGUCGCGCCGUCUCCUCCGGACACUCAGGAGGAUCGAGCAGGUUGUGUCUAGGAUUUGAGGAGCGGCGUUCACACACAAAAUCCCCUGUCUGCAGCAGCCUGAAGGUUCAACCCAGACAGCUGAAGUGUAAAAAAUGACCUGCACCGCCGUGGCCUGGCUUCCUGUCCUGUCCCUCUUGCUGUUCUGCAUCGGGGACUCGGCUUCCCUCUUCCUGCCCGACUCCAAGGAGCUGAGGCAGCUGCUGAGCCGUUACGAGGAGCAGGCGGACCGGAACAGCAUCGGCAACGCGGCCGGCAACAGGAGCCGACGAGCCGUCCGCUGGUCCGACCGUGAGGAGAUCAUCCAGCUGCACAACAAUCUGAGGGCGGGCGUCUACCCCACUGCCUCCAACAUGGAGUACAUGGUUUGGGAUGAUGAGUUGGAGCGCUCUGCCACCCACUGGGCCGAGGAGUGUCAGUGGGACCAUGGACCUCAUGACCUGCUGAUGUCUAUCGGACAAAACCUGGGUGUUCAUAUGGGCCGGUACCGGCCUCCCGCCUUCCACGUCCAGGCCUGGUACGAUGAGGUGAAAGACUACACUUAUCCCUACCCCCACGAGUGCAAUCCCUGGUGUCCAGAGCGCUGCUCCGGGCCCAUGUGCACCCACUACACCCAGCUGGUCUGGGCAACCACUAGCCGGGUGGGCUGUGCUGUGCACACGUGUCCAAGGAUGAACGUGUGGGGACAAACAUGGGAGAACGCCGUUUACCUGGUGUGCAACUAUUCCCCAAAGGGCAACUGGAUUGGAGAGGCACCAUACCAGCAUGGCCGCCCUUGUUCCCAGUGCCCUCCCAGCUAUGGAGGGGGAUGUCGGAAUAACCAGUGCUACAAAGACUCCCAGCGCUCAGAGACAGAGGACAUGAACGAGGUGGAGAAGCCUCAGGUUCCGCUGCCGCCUCGGACCACGACUAAACCUGCCCCCAAACCUAAACCCUCUGCUCCCAGGAAACCGGUGUCCAAGCCCUCCACUCCUAAACCCACCACACCAAGGACGCCAUCUUCGAAGACUCCCAGCAGCACCUACUUAGCUCAAAGCAUUAAGUGCGAGACCAGACUGCGAGAUAAGUGCAGAGGAGCAACCUGCAACAGAUAUCAUUGUCCAGCUAACUGCAUGAAUAAGAAAGGGAAAGUCUGGGGAACUCUCUUCUACGAUGUGAAAUCAAGUAUUUGCCGAGCUGCUAUUCAUUUUGGUGCAAUUGACAACAGCGGAGGACUUGUCGAUGUCACAAGAAAGGACAAGUUACCUUUUUUUGUUCGAGCCACAAAGAACGGCAUCGAGUCUCUCAGUAAAUAUAACCCCGGCAUUGCCUUCGUGAUGACCAAAGUGGAAGAAAUGAAUGCUGACUGCUACACCACAGUGGCUGAAAUCUGCCCCUUCAAAAAUCCCGACUCACACUGCCCGAGAAUUUUCUGUCCAACCGACUGCAAGACUCAGCCUUCUUAUUGGUCGCCUGUUAUUGGGAACAACAUCUACACAGAUAGCUCCAGUAUUUGUAAAGCAGCCAUCCACGCAGGGGUAAUCAGCGCAGACGGAGGUUUUGUUGAUGUUCUGCCGUUGGACAAGAGAAAGAGCUACGUUGGGGUCCUGAAAAAUGGCAUCCAGUCUGAAAGCAAGAGCAACACAGAGGGGGGCUCCUUCCGAGUCUUUGCUGUGAGGGGCUGAGACUUCAGUUCCAGCGUCCACAGGCCGACGGAGUCACCUCAGCUGCUCUUGAGGAGCAGGAAGUGCCCACAGGUUGGAUACCAAGGCUGUUCAUCUAUCUCUGUGCCUCCGAUGGAAACAGAACAUCCCCGCAGAGUGAUAGACACGUUUCUCUCUUAGUUAUCAAACAGUAGCCACCCAGUAGAAAUAAUUGUCCGAUAUCUUACCGGGUUAUUUCGUGUCAUCUUUUAACUGCAGAUAUGGAUAUUUCUUAGAUAAACUAAAUCUGUGAACACAGAAUGUUUUUGAUAUAUAUAUAUAUAUAUAUAUAUACAGUAUAUAUAUUAUGAUGCAUUGAACAGCUGGUGCUGGACGUUUGAGUUAGACAUGUUUUAUAGAAAGUACUAUGUUUACAUUGAUGUUCUUAUUACAAGUAUAGGUUGGUUUUCAUACACAGGAAUGUAUACUGAUCACACUGUAUUUAAUCAUUGUGUACAGAAUAUAUGAUAUUUUGUUUGUUUUAGAAAUGGAGUACCAUAUAUUAACACUUUAAUGUGUUAUUUUUAAUUUCUCUUUUAAUUUUAUUGCCUUCUUCGUCACCUGGAUAAUAUUUGUUUCCCUGCUCUUUAAAUUUAGACCAGAUCUAAGUCUAAAUUGUAUGUGUAAGUUGAGACGUGCGCUCAUUGUGAGCAGGGAUGGAAAGGGAGGGAGGGAGGAAACUUUGUGGUCAAUGAAAGUGUCUAGAGACAACAGGCUGUGUCGUGCACCGAUCAGACGCAGCAUUAUGAUUGGUUUAUGUGAUAGUUGGUGGAGAUGGGAAUGGUUGCAAUAUUGUGGACAAUCACAGACAGCAGAUAUGUGUAUAGAAUUAUCAGUAUAUCAGUAAUAUGCCGUUGUGUAUUUAUUUUUGCUUAGUGCUUUCCUUGUUUCUUUAUUUCUCUGGCUUCUCCAAGACAUUUACACUUGGUGUUGAAACCCAUCUCGUAUCCAGUUUAAUUCUAGAUAAGAUUUUAACCUUGUUAACAUUUACACCUGGGGCACGUUCAGCCCCCAUAAAACGUAGCAAAACCUUCAUUUGAAUGGAAAUGGUGAUUCGUUGAGCACCCUGUUGCACAAUAAAAUGGCAUUUAUUUUGUCUGCUGAUUUGGUAACACACCUAUUUAACAAGACAAAGCCAGUUUGACACAGUUUCCGCACAUGGUGCGAGAACCUCUGUCUUCAAUCCUCGACUAGAGUGAGGAAAAACAACCCCCCCCAUAAAAAAACUUUUAACGGGACAUAAAGCAUGCAACCGAACACGCCCCUGAUCAUCAUGUGUUUUAUAGUGUCCACGUGGAGAUCUGAUUGAGAACAGUUUGCUUUGUGCAGCUCAGGUCACAUCCUCUGCUCGUUUUUAGAAAAAGACCAGCCGCCAGCAGUGAAGCCGCAUUAUUCUGUUUUCUUGCUUUCUGUUUGGUUUCGUCUUCACUUAAAACUUAGUUUCUUGAGUGACGUCCAUAGGCGAGGGUUACUGAGAGGACAGAUUUGGGUUUACUGACCGCUAGCUGCCCAGUUGCUGCUACCUGGCGGGUUUGGAACAGUCAUGUGCAAAUACGUGUUCCAGCCAAUGUAGUUGUUAUAUGGGAAUUGACAACACAAUUGCAUUUUACAAUAGUGUUCAACGUGGUCACAAUGCAUCCCUGACCACCUCGGGAGGUGGUUUGGUCAAUCGGAUCACUCUCUGUCCUCAAUGCCUCUUGGGUACAUCUCCACCUGUACUUUCAUGUGGUCAAGCUCUAACCGCUCGCAAUACAAUCUGCCAAAAAUGUAUUUUUCAUGCAAGGUAUAAAUGAGAUAUAUGAAAAAGCUUGAUUUGUCCCUUCCCUACCAGACAGAUGAAUGUGUCACAUGUUUCAGUACAGAGCGUUUUUGUGUGUAAAAGACUAUAAUUUGAGGUAUAUGAUAAAGAUUCUUACCAUCAAACUGUAGAUUAUUCGUCAUUGUUAGCAUUCCUCACGAAAACUAAACAUGUAAAUGUAACGUUUAUGCUGCAGAGUUGGACUGUCCAGUCGUAGCACCAACAAACUAUGUCACUCUACCUGAUGGCUCCCCUGAAGAUUCAAAAGUCAAAGCCAAGACAAAAUUGAUCAAUUUCAAAUCUUUUCUUCUCACAUAUUUAAACUUUAUCUCUUUAUUCUACCUCAGUCCUGUUGCUGCGCUAGGCAUUUAACUCUUUUCUAUAUGGGAAUUUUUUUAAUGGAAAGUUUUAUAGAAAGUGUAAAUACUAUGAUAUUUGUUUUUGAAUCAUCCACUAAGCAGUAAGAUAAUAAUUAAAAUGUGUGAAUUUAUUUCAUUUGUCUUGGUGGUUUUGUAUUUUCUACAGGUUUGGGAUUGGUUUUAUAUGUUUGGCACAAUUUAAAAAUAAAAUUUGCUUUACAAAUACAA